AGCUACUUCCGGCGCGCGGCAGGUGGAAGUCCCGGUUGGGGUCACCUGACCUGAGAGUCGGCUAGAUAUGGCGUCUUCUUUGCUAGCGGGCGAGCGGUUGGUAUGUGCUUUGAGCCCCGGCGGGGAGCUGGAGCGUGAGUCGCUACCCCGAAAACUGCAGGCGGAACUGGAGGCCGCUCUGGGGAAGAAGCACACGGGCGGUGAUAGCUCCAGUGGCCCCCAACGCUUGGUUUCUUUCCGUCUGAUCCGGGAUCUGCACCAGCACCUGAGAGAAAGGGAUUCCAAACUAUACCUCCAUGAGCUUCUAGAAGGCAGUGAAAUCUAUCUCCCAGAAGUUGUGAAGCCUCCACGGAACCCAGAACUAGUUGCCCGGCUGGAAAAGAUUAAGAUACAGCUGGCCAAUGAGGAAUAUAAGCGGAUCACCCGCAACGUCACUUGUCAGGAUUCAAGGCAUGGUGGGACUCUCAGCGACCUGGGAAAGCAAGUGAGAUCAUUGAAGGCUCUGGUCAUCACCAUCUUCAAUUUCAUUGUCACGGUGGUAGCUGCCUUCGUCUGCACUUACCUUGGAAGCCAAUAUAUCUUCACAGAAAUGGCCUCGCUUGGUUCUGCCCACCUCCAGCGGGUACUAGCUGCAUUGAUCGUCGCCUCAGUGGUGGGUCUGGCGGAGCUGUAUGUCAUGGUGCGGGCAAUGGAAGGCGAGCUGGGAGAACUGUAACUGUAACUUGGUGCUUCGUCAUCAAGCCUGGAGAAGACUCUGGGGGCUCCAGGUUCCCAAUUCCCAGUUGCCAACUCAACCCCUCAGACUUUUUGUACUCAGCUCCAGUUAUUUAGAGGACCAGCCCAGGCCACCUGCUGUUUCUGUGUGGAGCCCAGUCUUCUGUGAAUUUCUAAAGGGAGCAGUGGAGGAGAUUGAGAUAAUAUAUCUUUAAAACGGAAAAAACUGAUCUUGGUCUAUCAGUACCUUUUCCUGAAUCCGGUACCCACCUGCCUUCUCCAGUCCCAUUCUAGACACUGCUGGGAUUAGGGUUUUUUCAUCAGGGGCAAUGAAAUCCAGGCCUUGCCAGAAGUAGACCAUACUGCCUUGAACUUGUCCAUAUGUACAAACUGAUCACCAGCUUUCUCCAGACGUUUUUAAUGCAGACCUGUAAUUGAGUUCAGAAGCCUCCAAGAAAACAGGAAAGAUCCCCUUUCUCCAGUUUGUGCUGGAAGAGGAACUGAUCAGAGGAUAGACAUCAAAUUAAAGAAAGAUGGGUUGCUAUAGGAUGGUGGAACUGGAAGCAAGGCAGCUACCUUUUUGGAAAAGGAAGUGGUAUUAGGCCCCUUUUCCAUAAGAUAAGACAGACUCAUAGAGAUCAACUGACCAGCUGUGGUCCUUCCUCUGUUACAUGGAGCCAAAGAUGCCUAUGUUUUCCUGAAGUCUUGUAAUGUUUAACUUCUGAGAACUUAGUGGUGUGAUGAUAGAAUCUGUAUAGUGCACUGAAAAGGAUGUCAACCUUAGUUAUUUAUCCAAUAAAUAUUUAUUGUAUCCAAGGUAUUCUUAUUUUAACUCCUGUGACAACAAAGCACAACCAUUUCCACAGUUCUAAUUGUUCAGGGUCUGAUCCUCAUGGUAGACUCUUUCUUUUGUUCAUUGUAUGUACUCCUGUCAUUUUUAUUUUUCCAAAGCACUUUUCUGUUUUAAUAAAUUAUGUACUCAUUAACUCAGUAGACAUUUCCUCUA